GCUUUCAUUGACGAUUUUCGCUCUAAAAAUUUCUCACUUCUUUCACCUAUCAGCCUCUCUAGGAUUCUCUCUCUCUCUCUCUCUCUGCCGGACUGCCGUUGGCUUCUGGUCUCUGCAUAGCUCCCGGCCAUGUACUACCGUAGCCAAUGCAGAGCACCUUCCAUUGGCUCUGGCUUGCUCUUUCUGUCACUCUUCUCCUCACUCCUCACCACUUCCAUUGGUUGCUCCAACGGCAAUUGUCAGGUUUUGGAGCCAUGUUCGGCGGCUACAGAUUGCGGGUCAGGUCUCUAUUGUGGCAACUGCCCUGCUCUGGGUCACACGCAACCUGUCUGUACCCGAGGUCAAGCCACCAUUCCGACGGCUAUAAUUAAUGACUUGCCAUUCAACAAAUACACGUGGAUUGUCACUCACAAUUCAUUCAGCAUCGUUGAUGCACCGCCUUUGCCGGGCGUUCAGAGGCUAACACUUUACAAUCAAGAGGAUACUGUGACUAACCAGUUGAGGAAUGGAGUGAGGGGACUGAUGUUAGAUAUGUACGACUUCCAGAAUGAUAUCUGGCUCUGCCAUUCGUUCAAGGGGCAAUGCUUCAACUUCACUGCCUUUCAACCUGCAAUAAAUACAUUGAAAGAGGUUGAGACAUUCCUGGCUGAAAACCCAAAAGAGAUUGUCACCAUUAUUAUUGAAGAUUAUGUGCAAACUCCUAAGGGGUUGACUAAUCUAUUUGCUAAUGCUGGACUGGGUAAAUAUUGGUUUCCUGUGUCUAAGAUGCCAAAAAAGGGUCAAGAUUGGCCCACUGUCACAGAAAUGGUUCAAGCAAAUCACCGACUUCUUGUUUUUACAUCUGUUGCUUCAAAGGAAGCUGAAGAAGGAAUAGCUUAUCAGUGGAAGUAUAUGGUUGAAAAUGAGUCUGGAGAUCCUGGAGUUCAACGGGGGUCUUGCCCACACAGAAAAGAAUCAAAGCCCCUGAAUUCCAGGAGUGAGUCACUUUUUUUGCAGAACUACUUUCCAACAUAUCCAGUUGAAGCUGAUUCAUGCAAGGAGCAUUCAGCUCCACUUGCAGAGAUGGUGAAUACAUGUUACAAAGCUGCAGGGAAUGUGCUUCCCAAUUUCGUAGCAGUUAAUUUUUACAUGAGGAGCGAUGGGGGUGGUGUUUUUGAUAUUGUGGAUAAAAUGAAUGGCCAUUCAUUGUGUGGGUGCAGUACAGUCAUCGCUUGCCAGGCUGGAGCACCUUUUGGUUCUUGCAAGAACACUACUACACCUAGUACAAGUCCGGUGGCCAAUGCUGCUGGAAGUUCUGGAAGCUUUACUGGAUCUGUUCAAUUCACUAAUUCAGCUUCUGCUGUCUAUUUUCCAAAUUGGAUGUUUCUCCUCCUGUAUUUUCCAUUUAUUUUUGUAGUUUUGUUACAGCUAUCAUGACUUUUCUCCUCGUCUUGUAUCUUUAAGAGGGGCUUCCAAUACUUAGUAUAUAAAUUGUAGCUUUGCUCCAUCUAUGAAAUGUUAUGGAACUGUUAGAAAAUGAGAUAACCAAGUUUUGAGAUUGAUGAGGCUAUAUUCAAGAGUCUGUUCAGUCAUCUGGGGUAGAUACUUAACAAGAGAGAUCAAGCAUGUGCAGGGAGCUAGAGGCUGUUCAGUCAAUUGGAAUUAGGAAUUAUUUUCCUCCAGGGAAGCUGGUGAUUCAACCUGCGGCAAUUGGAGGCUCUGGCACUUUGUUUUGUACAACCUACCAAGGCAUUGUUAUUCCACGGCAUAAUAGGGAAUUUGCGAUAUAGGAUCUGUAUAAUAUGGAAGCCCCCAAUCAUUAAGGUUUGUCAUGUUUGUAUCCUAACAACUUACAUCUACUGAAUUUCCUUGCUCUAGCUGGUCCUUAUUAUUGUAUUCAUAUUGAAGCGGAAGUGUUGGCUCGUACAUUUUGCCAAAUUUUCUAAUGGAUAUGGAACACUAGCUAGCGAAUUUAACAGGGGAACCUGUAUGAGGUUUGAAUGGCUAUUAAACGGAGCAUUUUGUAUGA